AUGGAUUGGGAGGCACGUACUAAGCAAACUGCACGCAAGUCGAUCGGUGGCAAGGCCCCUCGCAAGCACAUCUCGCACGCCACCAAGGCUGCACGCAAGUCUGCCCCUGCAGCAUCCGGCGGUGUCAAGAAGCCCCACCGAUACAAGCCUGGUACCGUCGCUCUUCGUGAGAUUCGUCGAUACCAAAAAUCGACUGAGCUCCUCAUCCGCAAGCUCCCAUUCCAGCGUCUCGUUCGUGAGAUUGCCCAGGACUUCAAGACCGACCUGCGUUUCCAGUCAUCUGCCAUUGGUGCGCUCCAGGAGGCUGUUGAGGCCUACCUCGUCUCGCUCUUUGAGGACACCAACUUGUGCUCCAUCCACGGCCGUCGUGUCACUAUUCAACCCAAGGACAUGCAGCUCGCUCGUCGUCUCCGCGGUGAGCGAUCGUAA